GAAAUUUAUUUUUGAUCAGGCAGCUUGUAGGGUACUUAAUUUGACAUUGGGUCCUUCGGUCGACAUUGAAGAUGGCGGCGCCCAUAUGGAUGUCUUCUAUCCUCCGGAUAACUCUAAGAGGUCCAGGCCUGGUUCUGGCAGGUGGGGGGCGCCAUCUCUCUCAACUGUCCAGGCCCCUUGCGACCUCCUGGGCCCUUACCCCAACCGCGACCGCGACCACGACAUUGUUCCCGACACAACAGGUCCGACACGGCAGCUUCUUCAACAAACUGACAGCGGACGAGCUGUGGAGGGGCGUUCUGGCUGAGACCGGUGCCGGUGCUCGGAAAGGCAGAGGGAAAAGGACCAAAAGGAAGGUGAAGAAAGACCUCAACAGAGGCCAGCGCUUUGGGGAAGGGCGGGGCGGCUUCCUGUGGCCGGGUCUGAACGUGCCGGUGCUGCAGAGCGGGGCGGUGCAGAGGUUCUCCCAGCGGGACGCAGAGCAGCAGGAGGAGGUGCGGGCCGACAUGAUACGAAGGAGAGAGGAGUGGGAGCGCAAGAGGAAGAUGAAGGUGAAGAGGGAGCGCGGGUGGACCGGAAACUCCUGGGGUGGCAUCAGCCUGGGCCCCCCUGACCCGGGUCCUAACGGAGAAACCUAUGAAGACUUUGAUUCUCGUGCGAUAGAGGUGAAGAAUGUCUUCAACAUGACAGCCAAAGAAGGUCGAAAGAGGGUGGUUAGCUGCCUGGUUGCCGUGGGAAACGGCAACGGAGCCGCAGGUUUCGCUGUGGGAAAAGCCGCAGAUCGGACAACAGCCUUGAGAAAAGCAAAGAACAGGGCUGUGCACUACCUGUACUUCAUUGAAAGAUACAACAGCCACACCAUUUACCAUGAUAUCAACUCAACCUUUAAGAGGACAACCCUGCGAAUGAAGAAACAAAAUAAAGGCUACGGCCUGCACUGCCACCGGGCCAUCAUCACCAUCUGCAAACUGAUUGGCAUCGAGGACAUGUAUGCCAAAGUGUCUGGCUCCACCAACCUGCUCAACAUUACCAGAGCGCUGUUCCAGGGGCUGGCCAAUCAGGAGACUCACAGCGACCUGGCGGAGAAGCAGAAGCUGCACGUCGUGGAGUUCCAGUCGGAGCGGGGGCCCCUCCCCCUGGUGGUGGCCUCCCCCUCGAGCGCUGUCCGCAAAACCCCCGAGCCCGAGGACGAGAUCCCCGACACCAAGCUGGACUGGGGCGAGGUGCGGGCCGCCCAGGGCAUGAAGCGCUCCGUCUGGGCCAACGUCAAGAGGACGGUCUGGUGAAGAGCGCCCCCCACUCUCCUGUAGAGCCACAACCCCCGCUGGCCCGAAACAGAACCAAAUGCACCCGAGCCCAGCUAUGAACCUUAAACAGAACCACAUCAGCCCAGCGACAGCUCUGACCCCAUAUCAGCCCAGUGCCAGUUCUGACCCUAAACAGAACCACAUCAGCCCAUUGACAGCACUGACCCUGAACAGAACCACGUCACCCCCAGGCCUGUAGUUGUAAACUACGGCUGAAAGUCGCACUGAACAAAUGGGGACCCAUGCUCAUUAACAAGAUUAAAGCAGAAUUAUUGAAAUGUUAAAAAUCACCCCUCCAGUAGAGCUGUGUAUUCUAUGUUAAACUCUCAAAGUGUACUACAGUUACACGAUCUAUUAAUAAUUGAAUAUCUUUAAGGAAAGGAAAGGCUAAUGGUGUGCUUGUGUGUGAGAGGGAGAGAGAGAGAGCGAGAGAGAGAGCGCAUGCACGUGUCUGCGUGUUUGUUUGUAUCCAGAGCAGUUGAUGUUUGGUCAGUGUUUAGGGUAAAUUGUCACCAUGGUUAUGGUUGGAAUUUCUGUUUUGAAUCCAGCAAGCUAACAAAUUAGGUCUCUAAUCCUGAUGUAAAAUGGCUGGCUGUAAAUACUGUAUUUGUGGAAAUCUAAGACACUGGCCAGGUGACCUUAUGGUUUGAGUGACAUCAUUUUGUUUGGUCUCUUCACAUUGAGGAAUGUUGGAUUAAAGUG